AUGGCUGACCCAACAGAACCAGGAGUGACAACCUCCUCCAACAACUCAUCCCUCCUGAACCCCAGCAGCUGUUUCCUGCUCCACAGCUCGGCGCUCCCUGUCUUCAUCCUGAUCUACAGCCUGCUGUUUCUGGYGGGUUUGGUCCUGAACAGCUUCACCAUGUGGUUCCAGUGCUGUGGAGCUCGUCAACAUGUGUCCAGCAGCUGGAUGAUCUACCUGAAGCACCUGACGGCUUCUGACCUCCUGCUCUGCCUCAGCCUCCCCUUCCGUAUCGCCAACUACAGCAGCUGCUCCUUCAGCGUUCGCCUGCUCUACUGCAGCGUUGGAGCAUGUGCCUUAUACCUGAACAUGUACGCCAGCAUCCUGUUCAUGGGCUACAUCGCUGCYAACAGGUUCAUAAAGAUUUUUUAUCCUUUGAGGAGUCACUUCCUGAUGACUCCGCGAGCUGCUCACAUCAUCUCAAAGACCACCUGGGGUGUCCUCCUGGUCCCAGUGACCAUGUACACCAUCCUGGUGCUCGUUACCCACAAACCUUUGGGCUCAGCCCCCACAUCCUGUGUCUCGUUCACUGAACACGUCAAACCGUUCUACUAUUUCUUCCAAAUCACUCMCGGCAUCAUUUUCUUGCCGGUGCUCUUCUCCCUGGUCUUCUUCUACUGCAGCGCCUCCCGCAGGGUGCUGGAGGCCCAGCAGACUCAGCUGACCUCCUCCAGCUCCAAGAAGCUGGUGAAGUCCCGCAGGAACAUCUCAGUGUUGGUCAUCGUCUUCUGUGUUUGCUUCGUCCCAUACCACCUGCUUCAAGUUCCCUACGUUUUCCUGCGGGAGCAUCGGUCUGUGCUGAUGAACUACCUGAAGGAGGCGUCUGUCCUCGUGUCGGUCCUGAACAUCUGUCUGGACCCUCUCAUUUAUGUCUUUCUCAGCAAGAGUUUCAGAACUCAGCUGAACCUGAAGGAAAUGUUCAGCAGCACAAAACAGAACAGACGCUUGAGUCAACAGUCAGACAGAGUGAGUCAGAGCACCAGCUAA